UCAGCAGCGCGCGGCUUCUUUGGUGCCUUGUAUUGCCACCCGCGGCCACGAGAAGAGGAGGCAUUCCCACCGUCGCGAGCGUGACACACGGAGGCACGUGUGGCUCGGGACCCACCUGAGCAGGUAGUUAACGGGUAAGAGGCGCGAGGGCCGCUCCGGACGGUCGUGGGUACCCGCCGCCACCGUCUCCUCCUCCUCCUCCUCUUCCACCCCCUUCACCUACGAACCAUCAUCAUCAUCGUCCUCCUAUGGUACCCAACCAUCUCGGCGGGGUGAAGUGGGGGAUUGCAUGAAGCAGCCAUGGGAAGAUUCUUACUAACCUUGUCUCACGCGCGCGUCGCACGCUUACUUGCCGUGCCUGCUCCCCCCCACCCAUUUCUACUGCUGCUGCUGCUCCUCCUUCCCUCCUGCUCCCCUUCACGCCGGACCGAAAAAAAAGAGAAGCUCCGAUCCAUCCGAGGUUCACCCCACCACCACCACCCGACUGCAGACAACAUCACUACCGCUUGCAUCCCAAACAGGAUCACCAGAACUUCGCCUGAUCCUGAACAGUGAACAUCAGUGUUGUGCACUCUUCAUACAUACUCACGAAGAAGCAGCGCGAACUUGGAUUACCACAAACAAACCACCUGUUCUUCUUCAUCAUCAACUACAACAACAACAACAACAACAUCAGACGCAACAGCAACCCUUAGCGUUGUCAUCAGUUGACGCAUCAACCAGUUGUUUUUGUUUUGUUCUACAAACACCAGUGACAGUGAUACCCUCACCAUGGUUACGGAAACCAAUAUCAUCCAGAGUGCUUCUAUUAACAGUGCAGCUAUGCCUACCAGUGCCAAUUUGAAUGAGCCCAAUGGGCCAAGGAGAGUCUCAGACAAUAGAAGAAGUAAUAAACCGAUUAUGGAAAAGAGACGAAGGGCGAGAAUCAACAAUUGUUUGAACGAGUUGAAAACGCUGAUCCUGGACGCAAUGAAAAAAGACCCGGCAAGGCAUUCGAAAUUGGAGAAGGCCGAUAUUUUGGAGAUGACUGUGAAACACCUACAGAACAUGCAGAGGCAGCAGACGGCGAUGAGCGCGGCCGCCGAUCCGACGGUAAUAAAUAAGUUCAGAGCCGGGUUCGGCGAGUGCGCCAGCGAGGUGGGCAGAUUCCCGGGCUUGGAUCCGAUCGUGAGGCGGCGACUCCUGCAACACCUCGCCACCUGUCUGAACCAGAACAAGCAGCAAGACGCCGUCUCCAACGGUUCGUCGUCAGCUUCGUCGUCACCGCAGCCCGUGCAAGUUCACAUCCUUCCUUCGCCGCAAUCGGAAAUGCAUCAACAGAGCAACAUCAUCUUGGGCAACGGAGGCGUCCAGCUGGUGCCCACCCGUCUUCCCAACGGCGACAUCGCCUUCGUUCUGCCCACGGGAACGACGACGCCUUCGACAUCGAGCAACUCGCCUCUACCUCUUCUCGUGCCUAUUCCGACGCGCACACCUUCCACCGCCUCCGCCGCAUCCUCAUCCUCCAACUACUCCCUCGCCGGUAGUCCCGAACCCAUGGACGCCCUCCGGUACAGCCCUCCCAUGCAGAAACCUUUAUCGCUUGUCAUGAGGAAAUCCGUGAUGCCAGUAGUCGAAGACAAACCGUGGAGGCCGUGGUGAACGCGCGGGAAACAGCAGCCAUCGCCGUCCAAAGAAACUUCUACAAAUUCUAUGGAAUCCGGCCGAAAACUGAUCAUCCUCGUUUCACACACCCUCAAAACAAAAAAAA